GAUUUAUAAAUAUAGUUGUGACGCAUAUAUCCUUAUUUAUGCAUGUAUGUUGAAGGUUUUCCGUUUUUAAUUAUUUUACUGGUAUAAUGAAUCUAAUGCGCGCAAGUUUGCUUUUAUAGAUCUCGGGGAUCAAUAGUGAUACGAUAGUAAAUAGAGAGAAUUAUGUUUCCGAAGUCUACUAAGCGCACCUCGUAAUCGCGUCUUUUCUUAUCUUAUUAUCGGAUAAGAGCUAACCUAAAAAACGAAUUGAAUAAGAUAGGGGCUAGUGGACCACCCUAAAUAUGGAAUUGGUUGAAAAAAAAAGUGUAAUUUUAUUGCAACGACAAGAAAGAUAAUUAGACAAUUCUUGAAAUCGAUAAACGUCAAAAUGUGUGCUAGAUAACUUUCUAGAAUUGAAAAUACUCUCUUAAAAUACUCUCUUAAAAAAGAAACAAAUAUUGCAUUGUAUCUCUCAUAUAAAUCUACAAUUGUCUGUGUCGAACAGAUUAACUUAACAGGUUGAAGCUACUUAAGAAAAAAAAAUUGCACUGUGCCAACGAGCCGAUCGCUAUUGAAUCGGAUGAUAUAUUGCUGUUACUUAAUAUGUUAAUGAAUGAAUUGAAAAUUUAAUUUUAUACAUAACGUCGUAUAAUGCUGUAAAUCACAGAGAUGUUACGGCGAAAUAGGUUGAAGCACAGAAUAAUAUCCAUUGGUUUUAUCAUUCUUGCAACAGUAUUUUACAAUGAAUUUCUUGUAUAUGAAGUACAAAAAUUCAAAUGGGCCAUGCGCGAGUGUUCCGAAUGUGUCAAGGUUCUGCUUGUCGCAGACCCGCAAAUACUCGGGGAAAAGUAUGAGAAUUAUUUUGGAUCGUGGAUAGCAAGAUGGGAUAGUGACAGGUACUUGGAGAAAACUUUUUCAAGAGCAGUAAAAUAUUCUCAACCACAUGUCAUUGCCUUUCUUGGUGAUCUUAUGGACGAAGGUCAUAUAGCUAAUGCAGAAGAUUUUGAAAGAUAUAAAAGGAGAUUGGAUUCGAUAUUUUCAAUGCCGGAAGACAUAAUGAAAAUUUACUUACCAGGUGAUAAUGACAUUGGAGGUGAAAAUGAUCUUGUCUCUUCCAAUAUCCAUAAAAGAUUCAAUUUUGCAUAUACUCAACCAGAUACAUUAGUUUACAAAACUGUUACCUUUUUCAAGGUAAAUAGAUUGACGCGUACGAUGCCAGAAGCACCAAAGGAUGCAUUUCUUAAUGAUUACGCAGAAAGGAAUACAACCAAUGUUAUUCUUAGUCAUAUGCCUUUGUUGUUUAUGCCUGGCAGCUUUGUACAAAAUGUAAUCAAAGAAUUAUCACCACAAGUGAUUUUCACUGCACACGAGCAUAAAGCAAUGCAUGUAAGUUUAGACACAGCGACAGAUCAGUUGAGCGAGAUUUGGAUUCUCCCACCAUACCAAACGCCUCUCUAUCAAUUAAGAAUGGAUGUAGGGGAUAUUCACGAAGUACAAAUACCGACCUGUUCUUACAGAAUGGGUACACCACACAUGGGUUAUGGACUUGCCUAUAUAGAUACUCAAGAGAAAACCGUUGAAUUCACGAUUUUAUGGCUACCAGGCAGAUUCCCGCAACUAUGUGCUUACGUAUUUAUUGUUAUAUUGGUCAUUGUACUUGCCACUUGUUCUUUCGUCUCAGGCUGUUGCGUGAAAAGCUAUGCAACUUACAGUCGUAUACCUUCCGUAUAGAGUAGCAUACAAUCAAAAGUACUUAUCAUACUUAAAUGACGAAUUAACUUGGCGUAAAUUAGAUACAAAGAUCCGUCCAGAAAAUAUGGUUUUCUUCUACUGUCUGUGUUAAGUUCCAACCAAAA